GUAGCCGUAGAUUACCUUGACCCCAUUUCCUUGUUCCUUUGCAUCUUUCUUCCGCAGCAACUACCCAUCGCAACGCUACCUCGCCCGAGAAGAAACCUCCUGAGUUCGCCACGUAUAUCCUCAACGCAAGUCGGUCGAGAUCUUUGCCUACCCAGAGAUAUCUCCAGAUUCCUGUUGAAUAACUCUAAUUUCUGCAGGUUACCCGACUUGCUUACCGUGUGAAAUCUGCUGCAUUGGAGCUAUUUUUCUAGCCCUGACGAAGCUUGAACCUGGUCCAGGAAGGAAAUGGUGUAUCAUUCCAGUUUUGUUGAUCUAGAAGCUGUAUCAAAAGCCUGUGGAUGCCCACUUCUUCCAUUGAAAAGCCAUAUUAAGGGUCCUGCACCUGUCUCUGAUCCAGAUAAAAUUGACAUUGUCGAUGAGGCGAUAACCUUUUUCCGAGCCAAUGUUUUCUUUAAGAAUUUUGACAUUAAGAGCCCAUCCGAUAAGCUCCUCAUAUACUUGACAUUUUACAUUAACGUGGCUCUCAAACGGCUGGAGGGUUGCAGAACACUGGCAGUAGGGACGAAAGCCAUCAUUAGUUUGGGUCUGGAGAAGGUCCCUGUACCCGGAGAGCCAGGCUUUCCGUUUCCUGGUCUGUUUGCCCUUCCCCAAUCUCAGGAUGAAGCAGAUCUAUUCAGAAACUAUCUGAAGCAGAUAAGGGAGGAAACAAGUGGAAGAUUGCUAAGCUGUGCUUAUAGACCUAACGGCACUCCUAACAAGUGGUGGCUGGCUUUUGCAAAGAGGAAGUUCAUGAAUAUUGUUGUUCUCUAGUUUUAUUCCCUUGUUCUAAAUCACUAUGUAAUUUGUGUAAUUCAAGUGCAGAAUGCAACUUUCUUGCUUCUAGAUUGUUUGUGGACUGGUUGCAAGCAAAUAACUUCUGCUUAAUCAUUCCCUGAAGACUGAUGGUUAUUGCAUUUUAACCUUGUAUUAUAAUUACUCCAAUUUAAACACAA